ACAUUUUUCUCCCCUUGCUGUUGACGGGUAAAAUCAGACUGUGUUUUCCUCACCGCGAGAAGGAAAUUACCACCACAGGAAUGAUUCAAUCCUCCGCAAUCCGCAGGUCACAUCUGACUUCUGUUACAAAUGGUGUCAAGGUCUGGAGAAACCUGCCUUCAAAUGCCUCGUUCCACAGAUGCGGGAGGUCUAAUGCAGCUGCUCUGGGAUCUCAGUACGACGCUUUGAUUAUAGGAGGAGGACACAAUGGACUUGUAGCAGCCGCCUACCUACAGAGAUCUGGUGUGAAGACAGCUGUGCUGGAGCGUCGGCACUUGAUCGGUGGAGCCGCUGUCACUGAGGAGCUAAUCCCAGGUUUCAAAUUCUCGAGAGCCUCCUACGUGCUCAGUUUGCUGAGGCCGCGGAUUUACCAGGACCUGGAGCUGAAGAAGCAUGGGCUGAAGGUGCACCUGCGAGACCCCUCCUCCUUCACGCCGCUGCUAGAGGAUGGGGUGGGGGGUAAGCCCCCUCGCUCGCUCCUCCUCGGCACCAACACCAGUGAGAACCAGCGGCAGAUUAGCCAAUUCUCAGCCAAAGACGCCCAGACGUAUGACCAGUACGAGGCUGUGAUGAGCCACUUUGCGAGGGCUGUGGAGCCCCUGUUAGACGCGGUGCCUGUGGACAUCCCAUCACUGACCAGCCGCUCACUCAGACGCCGCCUUCAGACUCUGCGCACACUCAGACCACUGGUGCAGACAGGUCUGAGACUAGGGAAGCACAUUCCACAGUUCUAUGAGCUGUUGACAGCCCCAAUGGCAAAAAUCCUGGACCGCUGGUUUGAGUCGGAGCCGCUGAAAGCCACAUUAGCCACGGAUGCGGUGGUGGGGGCAAUGCUGAGCCCCCGGACUCCCGGCAGUGGGUAUGUGCUGCUUCACCAUGUGAUGGGGGAACUGGAGGGAGUGAAGGGGGUGUGGGGUUAUGUAGAAGGAGGAAUGGGGGCGCUGUCCAAAUCCAUCGCCAGUGCAGCCUCAUCCCACGGAGCAGCCAUCUUCACAGACAAGCCGGUCAGCCAGAUUGUGGUAGACAGCACUGGGGCAGCUAAUGGAGUGGUGCUGAAGGAUGGCACCGAGAUUAGGAGCAAAGUAGUCUUGUCCAAUGCCACCCCUCACGUGACUUUCCUCCAGCUGACUCCACAGCACUGUUUGCCAGAAGACUUCAUUAAGGACAUUUCAUCGAUUGACUACACUUCUCCGGUCACCAAAAUUAAUGUUGCCGUGGAUCGUUUGCCAAACUUCACGGCGUUGGCUGACAAGGGAGCCAACAUGGCAUGUUGCCUGUCAGGCACCAUCCAUCUGAACACCGAGGACAUGGCCUCUAUCCACCAGGCAUACCAGGAUGCCAGCGCAGGCCGGACUUCCCACAGACCGCUGAUUGAGAUGUGUAUCCCCUCGGUGCUGGACACCACCCUCGCCCCAACUGGCUGCCACAUCAUCUCCAUGUUCACACAGUACACCCCGUACUGGCUGCCGGGAGGAAAAGAGUGGGACGAUGAGGAGAGACAGGCUUAUGCUGACAGAGUGUUUGACUGCAUAGAGCAGUACGCUCCAGGCUUCAAGGCCUCUGUGGUUGGGCGAGACAUCUUGACACCCCCAGACCUGGAGAAGGUGUUUGGAUUGACUGGUGGGAACAUCUUCCACGGAGCAAUGUCACUGGAUCAGCUGUACUUUACUCGCCCGUCGCCCUCUCAUGCUGACUACCGCUCCCCCGUCAGAGGGCUCUACUUGUGUGGCAGUGGGGCUCAUCCAGGUGGAGGUGUGAUGGGGUCAGCGGGAUAUAACUCAGCUCUUGUCGUCUUGUCAGACCUGAAGAGGUCUUAAUCCCCUCCCCAUCCAUGCAGACGAGGAUAGCUCAGGCCACGCCGACAGCACAGAAUAUCCCAACCAAUGAUUCCAGAUAAGAACAAUUGCCCAGCGAUCAACCUUGGUGCUUUUCUCUCCUUGGAGCACAGCCAUUUAGCUGCCUCCAACGCAUGCCAUACAGAACUCUGUCAGUGUCCCCUUGGGUAGUGGUUAGUGCACUCACCUCGCAAGUGAGAGGAUCCGGGUUCA